AUGACCUAUGUGUUCAUAUCCUGUAUCUCUCCCACAGUGUUAGCCAGUGACUGUGACUCGGGGUUGAAUGCAGAACUCACUUACUACACUCUAAGCCCAGACUUCAGCAUUUCAGCCCACGGCACCAUCUUCCCUGUGGGCCGUCUGGACUACGAGAGGCCCAACCACCUGUAUGAGUUUGUGGUGAUGGCAGUUGAUAAUGGGGAGGAGCCUCACUCUGGUACCGCCACCAUCCGCCUCCGCAUGGCCAAUGUCAACGACCAGGCCCCCGAAUUCUCCCAGACUGUGUGA